AUGGAGUCUGUUUCCACGAGUUGUCUAAUGGAUAUUUUCAACUUGUUGAAGGCUUGUUGCUCUCGGCCAUGCAAUUAUAUCAUGACCUAUGAGGGGACUUUUAGCUCCUUGGCCAAUGAGGUUGGGCAACUGAAGGACAAGAGUGUCGAUGUCAAGAGAGAGGUCGAGGCAGCCGAAAGGGAUGGCCUGACUCCCAGGAGGGAAGUGCUCGGGUGGCUCAACUCAGUGCAAAACAUGGAAGAUGAAGCCAAGUCGAUAGAAGGAAUAUACGACCAAAAGAUAAAGUGUUUGUGCAGCUUGCCAUUCAACAUUUGUUCUACCUACCGUCUCAGAAACAGAGCUGAAGCAGCACUUGAAACGAUCAGAGAGCUCAAACAAAGUGCAGAGUUCACUAAGCUCGCAGAUAACCUGAAUCUUACCCGCUCCAUCAAGAUACCAACCACCAAAACUAUCGGCAUGGACAAGGUCUUCGAGGAGCUUCAACGCCAUGCCAAAGAUGAUAGUUUGAGUGUGAUUGGCAUCCAUGGAAUGGGUGGUGUGGGCAAGACGGCACUCUUGAGAAGAUUCAACAAUGAUUUCCCGAGUGAAAAAGAGGCAGACGUGGUAAUCUUCCUUGAGCUAUCAAUAGACUAUAAGCUGGAGGAAGUCCAGAAAUCUUUAUUCGAUCGACUGAGUUUGACAUGGCAGGAUGAGGUCACACACAGAGACAGAGCAACCAAAUUAUUUAGAGUCCUGAGUAUGUUGAAAUUCAUAUUGUUACUCGAUAAUUUAUGGGAGCCCCUAAAUUAUCAGGUUGUUGGAAUUCCAUUUCCCGCACCUCCAUCAAAGUGCAAGAUCAUAUUCACAACCCGAACAGAAGACACUUGGCCACAUGGCAAUGUUGUCUUCACUUUUAACUGCGACCAUAUCAAUAAUUCCGUCGAGCACUUUCUCACGAAUGAAAUGAUGCUCAAGUUCAAUAUGUUUUGUCCUCGCGUGGAAGACAGGAUUAGACAGGCAGCCUGGAAUCUCUUCAGAAAUAGUGCAAGGAUGGAUGUCAUUGACGCCGACAAGAAUAUACGGAUCGAGGCUAGAAAUUUAGUUAAGGAAUGUGGUGGCUUGCCUGCAGCUCUCAUUGUGCUGGCACAAGCAAUGGCGCCUAAAAAGACAUGGGAAGAGUGGAUUCACGCCUUGACCAUCAUGAAGGACACACCACACCAACUUCCUACAUCUUUAACAGUAAGAGUUGAUGAUGUCUACUUCACGAUGCACCCCAUGACCCGAGCCAUGAUAUUGUGGGUGCAACGUGAGUGUGGGAAGAAGGAGAACAAAUGGUUGGUGCGGGAUAGGGAGCGGGUCGAAGAAGCACCAGUAGCCAAGAAAUGGCGAGAUGCAGAGAGAAUUGCACUUGUAUGGAACCAAAUAAUUGACCUUCCAGAAACACCUCAAUGUCCUGACUUGAUUUUUCUGAAUCUUCAAGUUAACAAAUUUCUCAGGAAGAUUCCAAAUGGCUUCUUCUUGCACAUGCCUCUCCUCAAAAUCCUUGAUUUGCAAGAGACUUCUAUAGAGGAGCUACCGGUAAGCAUUGGUAAUCUGGUGCAACUACACUAUCUCAAUCUAUGCGGAACUAGGAUUACUUCUCUACCAAAGGAGAUGACAGCAUUAGUAAAUCUCAAAUACUUGUCGUUGGCAUCCAUGAAAUAUUUGAGACUCAUUCCUGACCAACUAAUCUCCAGUCUUCGAGAGUUGCAGUGGCUUAUCAUGAUGGACAGCUACACUGGAUGGAAGGAAGUACAGAGUUGCGAAGGAGGUGUGAGUUUCAAAGAGUUGGAAAGCUCGAAGAGAUUAAAAGCCAUUGGGAUCACAGUCAGCACGCUUGCUGCUCUUCAAAACCUCUGUGACUCUCCAAGACUGACAGCAUUCACACACUGGCUCCAUAUAAAAGGGUGUCCAAAUUUGACGAGCAUCCCAUCCUUGGAUUUUCAUGCGGAAACUAUGCCCAGAGUAAUAAGUAUCCAGCUUCACGCAAUGAGUGAGCUAGAAGAGGUAGUAAUUGGCAAUCGUCAACCUAUUCUUCUACCUCUACAAGAGCUUCGACUUUCGAGUCUCCCAAAAGCAAAGCUGGUCUGGAGGGCUAGGUUCCCUAAUACUCUUCUUGCACUUAAAAUUGAGGAUUGCAGGGCAAUAGACAGAUUGAUCAAAUUGGAGGGAGAGGCAAAUGGUAGUGGGGAGACAAAUUACCCAUCGUUGAAGACUAUCGAGGUGAAAGAUUGCCCCAAUCUUAAGAAGCUGACGUUGGUUGCUAAUGGGCUGAAAGAGAUCAAGUGUCAGAAAUCAUGGUGGGAGCAGCUCAAUUGGGGUGACGAACGAACCAAGUCCUUUGAACACCUCUACAAUCCCAUGAAUAUAGAUUGA